GAGGUUACGCCGGGAGACGGCCUGUUUUGGAUCAGCUAUGCAAGCGAACACAACGCGGGGCUUCCUCUGGUCGGACGUGGAGACGAGGACGCUGCUGAACAUCUGGGGAGAGCAGGACAUCCAGGCGGCGCUGGAUGGAAACUUCCGAAACAGCUUCGUGUACCGAGACGUCUCCCGGAGGCUGGGAGCCAUGGGGUUUGAAAGGACGCCCGAGCAGUGUAGGGUGCGGAUCAAGAGCCUCAAGAGGCAGUACUUGUUGGCGAAGGAGGGCAAUCUGCGUAAUAAUGGGCAGUAUCACAAGAUCUGCAAGUUUUAUGACACCAUGGAGAGGAUUUUGAGUAACCGGCCGAGUCUGGACGCCCAGGAGUUUAUAGACAGCGGUGCGGGAGGAGAGGAGGCCGUCGAUGGCCCGGAGGAGGAUGGGGAAGAUGCUCAGGAUGCUUACUCUGAGAGCACAGGGGAGUGUCCUUAUCCCGCUGAGACUGAAGUCAAGUUGGAAUACCCAACUGUUCCCAUCCCCAUUCCGGUUAAAGUGACAGUGGGGAAUAAUGGGACUUGUGCGAAGCCGCCUAACACCAGCCAGUCGGCCAGCUGUUUGUCAGCCAGAGCACCCAAACGGCCCAGGAAGCGACGCGCCAAUUUCCCCAUGGAGAAGCUGAUGGAGCAGUUCCUGGAGCAGAGCGCCCAAGCCGAGGACAACUUCUACCGAAUGGAGGAGCAGCGCUUGCAAGCAGAAGACCGGCGCCGGGAAGCUGAGCAUGCCCGGGAACUGCAGAUGCUUCAGAUGCUUGGUCAGAUGUUCGCCAGCAUCUCCUCCUCCGGCUCAGCAUCCGCUCCGUCCAAGACGGCGAAUCCUGGCCGCGCUCCGGUCAUUUCCAGUACCUCCCCGUCGCAUACACGUGGCCACUCCGGUCACCCCAAACGCCCUUCGCCCCAGACAGACUCUCUCACACAGCAGAAUCCAUUUCUGAGCGCAGACCCUCAGGCGUUAGUUUUUGAGCGCUUCUACGGUUUGGGCUCCACGUCGCACAGAGGUAUGGAGGAUGACAUCCUGCCACUGGUAAAGAACAUAGUCCCUCCGCUGACAUCCAAAAAACACAAGGGACAAGAUGGACGUAUUGGGAUCAUUGGAGGAUGUCAAGACUACACUGGAGCUCCUUACUUUGCUGCCAUCUCUGCUUUAAAAGUGGGGGCUGACUUGUCUCACGUGUUCUGCACCAAAGAUGCUGCAGUUGUAAUCAAAUCAUACAGCCCUGAGCUCAUAGUCCAUCCAGUUCUGGACAGUCCUAACGCAGUGGAAGAAAUAGAAAAAUGGCUUCCAAGACUACACGGACUUGUGGUGGGACCAGGCUUAGGAAGAGAAGACUUAUUAUUGAAAACAGCAAAGGAGGUCAUUGAGAAGUCGAAAGCAAGAGAUAUCCCCAUAGUCAUUGAUGCAGAUGGAUUAUGGCUGGUUACACAGCAACCAUCUGUUAUCCAAGGGUACCAGAAGGGCAUCCUUACGCCUAACUUCAUGGAAUUCACUCGAUUGUAUGAGGCAUUGCACCAUGAGCCCAUGGACAGCAGUGAUUAUCAGCGGAGCGUCAUGCAGCUCAGUGUAGCUAUGGGCAACCUCACCUUGGUGCUGAAGGGGGAGCAGGAUUUCAUCACAGAUGGCAGCAAAGUGUACUCAUGCAAUUUAGAAGGCAGCGGGAGACGAUGCGGUGGACAGGGGGAUCUCCUUUCUGGAUCUAUGGGAGUGCUGGCACACUGGGCCCAUGCUGCUUCCACAGCAGGAAUGAUCAGAAGUAUGAAUCCAUCAGUGGUUGCUGCAUUUGGUGCUUGUUCGCUCACCAGGCAGUGCAACAGUCAAGCAUUCCAGCGGCACGGCAGGUCCACCACCACGUCAGACAUGAUCCAGGAGAUCAGCUCAGCCUUCAAAAAGCUGUUCGAAAGCUAAAAACAGUCAGCGAUGCAAACAGUUGUAAAAAGAGAAUAAAUUUUACGCUCCUAACGUAACCUUUUUGGGAUUGAAAGCAAUGUUCUUCUUUAGCUGAAUUUUAAUGACUGAUUUGAACCCGGAAUCAAAAUUUGGUGCAAAAUAUACACACUGACAUGUUGUUUGUGUUGUGUUUAAUGGAAAAGUAACAAAAAGAAAACCACUAGUUGAAUAAUGAAUGCCUUCACCAAGCCCACCAAAGAGACUGAGACAUUAGGAUGAAUGGGCUCACACUAAACCAGAAACCUGUAUACGUUUUGAAAUAAAUUAUAAAUGUGA